CUGAAGGGGAUGCCGCCUGCCAGGUCCAGGGCUCAGCAUCCCGGCGGGACUUUGCAGCAGGCACCACCUUCCGCCCUUCCCAAACCCGCUCCCCGGGACACACAGAUGAAAAGUAAUUCUGCGCCUGCCAGAUGGCCUCAAGCAAAGUGGGGAAGUGUGUGGGGGGCUGAUGCUGCGGCUGGAAGGGAAAAGGGGGUUAGCCUGGGCUGCAGCGUGGCCAAGGACAGAGCAGGGGGAGCGGGGAGUCAUUGGGAGCAGUGCAGGCAGGAGCCUAGGAAACUUGCUCUGCCCCAAGUGAUGUUAACACUGCCCUUCUGCCAGUGUGGGCUCCAAUGUGGGCUAGCAGCCCUUUGGCUUUGGAGCCCUCACCCCAUGGUCUUGCAGCAGUGGUGCCCAUGGGCCUAGGACAGCUGAGCCCCAGGGGUGCGGUGUAGCUGCUUCGGAGCAGCAGCCUCUGUGCCUAAAUGUUUGUUCGCUGUAGCUGCUGCCAAGGCUGGGGGUCCCAAACAGCCCUCUUCAAGACUCUCGACAGCAAUUCCUAUCGUGGCUUCCCGCUCCUCACUGCAGCCUCUGGAAAGAGCGGCUCCAUCCAAGCGCUUUUGCGUCACUAAGGGAUCAGCUACACAGGAGCUGAUGUGCAAUAGGACCCAAGAGCUGAAGGAAAGUGGUGAGAGCAAAGAACGGCUGGUUGCAGAAGGGACUGUCUUGGGAACAGGUGAGCAGUAUGGAGGUGUGGUCCCACACAGGGGUGGGGAGCUGCAGUUUGCUCCCCUGUAGACAGGAGCCCCUCCAGAGCUUUCAUGGCUCCCGACUGCCAAAGGCCUGUUGAAAACCAAGCACCCUGUGAGUGUAUCAUGGUGAGGAGAGUCUGCAUUCGGCCUCUGGUGGAUUCUUGCCUUGUGUUGGGGUAAGUGUGGGGAAAUAUGGGCAUCUGCUUGUUGGGCAUUGCCGCUCCCCAGUGGGGUCCUAGCUGACCAGGCUGAGGGUACUGCAGGUGGAGUGUGCUGCCUUCCCAGGAACUGCAGCUGGGGCAGCCUGCAGAGGGAGAGGAAGUGAGAAGGGUGUUCCCACUCUGCUAGGACAGCCCUGCCCUGCCUGGGGCAGCUGCCUGCUCUCCCUGUGCAGGCAGACUCCUAGCAGGAGACUCCUUGCUGUUGGGAGUGAGGCCAUGCAGGAGCACCUUCUCCCAGCAGCAUCCCCACAGCCAGCCCAGCAGUAGCUGUUGGGCUGAAGGUGCUGGGAGACCUCUGGCUCUCUUGGUCUGGAGCAGUUCUGUGGCCUGCUUGAAGAGGAGCUGAGAAUGGCAGGUUUCUAGUGCUGACACCUCUCUUCACAGGUAAGGCUGACCAGACAUGGGAGUACGUGGAGUCCUCUUUGUCCAGCAGGUCAGCCCCUGGCCUGCUUUCAGGGUGUGAAGAUGCAGUCCCUGCUGAGCAGGGCUUCUGAGCAGCUGAGCACCACUCAGGAGAGGACAAGAUGUUCAGGGAAAAAAUGACCAGUAUUGGGAAGAUGCUGAUCCGCCGGCGCGUGGUGGAUCUGAGCUCCGACGACACGCGUUUUGCUCGCUGCCUCUCCACACUGGACCUCAUAGCCCUGGGGGUGGGCAGCACGCUGGGGGCCGGCGUGUACGUGCUGGCCGGGGAGGUAGCCAAGGAGAUGGCCGGUCCCUCCAUAGUUCUCUGCUUCCUGGUGGCUGCUUUCUCAUCCGUACUGGCUGGACUCUGCUACGCAGAGUUUGGGGCCCGCGUCCCCAAGGCCGGCUCUGCCUACCUCUACAGCUACGUCACCGUCGGCGAGAUCUGGGCUUUUACAACUGGCUGGAACCUCAUUCUCUCCUAUGUGAUAGGUACGGCCAGUGUGGCUCGAGCUUGGAGCGCGGCAUUUGACAACAUCGUCGGCAACCACAUUUCCACCUUCUUUGCCAACAAGACCGCGCUGCACCUGCCUGGGGUGCUGGCCGAGCGCCCGGACUUCUUUGCACUAAUCCUGAUUGCCCUGCUGACUGCACUGCUGGCCUUUGGUGUCAGCGAAUCUGCCCUCGUCAACAAAAUCUUCACGGCGGUGAACCUGUUGGUGCUGAGCUUCGUCAUCAUUGCUGGCUUCGUCAAGGGGAACAUCAGGAACUGGCAGCUCUCAAAGGAGGACUAUGCCAACCUCACACACCCGGACCUAAGUGAUGAUAUGAAAACAGCCUUUGGCUCUGGCGGGUUUGUCCCCUUUGGACUAGAAGGGAUCCUGACCGGCGCCGCCACCUGCUUCUAUGCCUUUGUGGGCUUUGACUGCAUUGCCACUACAGGGGAGGAAGCCAGGAACCCACAGCGCUCGAUCCCCAUCGGCAUCAUCGUGUCCCUCUUCAUCUGCUUUGUGGCUUAUUUCGGGGUCUCUGCAUCCCUGACUCUCAUGGUGCCCUAUUUCCUCGUGAACAAGGACAGCCCUCUGCCCGAGGCCUUCAAGGCGGUUGGUUGGGAGCCCGCCCGCUACGCCGUUGCCGUCGGCUCACUCUGUGCCCUCUCCACCAGCUUGCUGGGCUCCAUGUUUCCCAUGCCCCGAGUGGUCCAUGCCAUGGCGGAGGACGGGCUGCUCUUCAAGCGCCUCUCCAACAUCAACGAUCGCACAAAGACCCCUCUGUUGGCCACCAUCGCCUCGGGGCUCCUCUCGGCGGUGUUGGCCUUCCUGCUCGAGCUGAAGGACCUGGUGGACCUCAUGUCGAUCGGCACGUUGCUGGCCUACUCCCUGGUGGCGGUGUGCGUGCUCAUCCUCCGGUACCAGCCUGGGCAGCUGAACUCCCCGAAGGCCAUGGAGAUGCUGGAGCUGAAUGGGAACGAGGAGGAGAGGGUGAUCAUGAAUCCGAGCGUCACUGCUGCCAGCGCCCAGCAGAAAGAGACCCUGUCCUGUUCCACGCUGUUUAACCCACCUUCAGACACCCCCACCGCGCUCUCGGGGCGCAUCAUCUACGUCUGUGUCUCGGUCAUUGCCGCGGUGGUCACAGGCCUCUGUGUGUUCCUGACCUUCAGUGUGGCUGCUCUGAAGGACGCCAGUGUGGGCUGCAUCGUGGUCCUGGUGCUGCUCCUCGUGGCGUUGCUCAUUCCCACCAUCAUCAUUUGGAGGCAACCGCAGAGCAACGCGCGGUUAAACUUCAAAGUACCUUUCCUCCCAUUCCUGCCGAUCUUCAGCAUCUUUGUUAACAUCCUGCUGAUGGUACAGCUGAGUCCUGGCACCUGGGUGCGGUUUGCCAUCUGGAUGGCUGUGGGUUUUGUGAUUUACUUUGGCUAUGGGAUUCGGAACAGCGUGGAAGGGAAAAAUGCAGAAGAAAAGCCUCUUCACCAUCCUGGCCUGGACCUCAGCCCCGGGGCUGCUGCAGUCUGAGGGACUGGGCACCAUCACUCCAUGGACCCCUGCCAGUAUUCCCGCUUGGGGACAAGAUCAUCAUGUACAGUGCAUCCACCCCCUCUCCUGUAGGGAGUCCCAGAGUCUGGACUGCGGAGCUUGGUCAUGUACUGCCCUUUCCCCUCUCAGAGCAGAGGUUGUGGAGACAAAUCUCCAGUCUGGGUGGGUGUGCUGGUGGACCAGGCCUGGUCUCUGUCCUGCUGAGGAGCAGCAACAAUGGUCUGGCCCUCCUACCAUGAAAGCUGCUUUCCCUGUGCGCAGGAGGCUCCACAUGACGCUGCAGUGGUUCUUGUUCUGUCAUAUUGCUGUGUUUACCACGUCCUCUCUGGGGUUUCCAAGUGCCAGCUUUGUACAUGGCAUCCAUGGCUGUAGCUGGGCAGAGAAGUUUGCUAUGAAUCAUUCUGAUCCUCAUGGUACUGCCAGCUGACCAGUACUCCCUGCCAGCGCAGGACUGAGCUGGCCUGUGAUUUACAUCCGCUACAUGAGCCCUGUGCUGCCCUGGCCAUGUUGCUUAGCUCCAGUGCCCAUGAAGAUGUCCCCAUAGAGAAUCCAGCGGAGGCAGGAGCCCCCCCUUUUUAUAGGUAAAAGCUUACCUCGGCGCCUGGGAAAGGGGUCCUGACCUCCGAUGGGCUCUGCAGCGGAUGGAUCCGAAUCUCCUGCCUGGCUCACCAAAUUGAUGCCCAAAAAAAGGCAGAUAAAAAAAGGACUGCUUAAAGGCAGAAUUUUGAGCCUAUAAACAGCAGGUAUUUAUUGAAUUAACGACGUCGGGGUAGCUUCCAGCUCAGGCUGGACAAAAGCUCCGAAGUGGUUCAGUAAAAACAAGCAAUUUGUACAGUUUCUAAUCGUGAUUACAACAUAAUCACAUGCAUAUUCAUAUUAUUGCAUUAUUAGAUUGCAAUAUUCAUAGCAGGUGGAGUCGGGGUGGAGACUGAGGCGUGGUAUCUAUUUUGAGGAAUAAAUUAGGGUAGUUCCGGUCUUGCCUUCAUCCUGGGGUCGCAAAUCUACUCAUCUUCCUCGGGUGACAUCCGUGACCUUUUGUUCUAUCCAUUGUUCUAUGUUCUGAUCAUCUAGGUUUGAAGAAAACCUUGGCUCUAGGCCUACUUUACCUAUUCAAAUGUCUACCUUGGCUCCUCUGGAUGAGAUUUAUGUGUGUUGAGUUCUUUGUUUAGUGUUUGUUGUGGUUCCUUUAAGGUCUAAUGCUCUUAGUACAGCACAUUGCCUUCCUCCAAAAGUACAGCUUACAGUGAACGAAAUACAGGGGGUAAGGGGGGCUCUUGUGGGUUUACAGUAAAAGUGUUUCAAUUAACCCUUCCUCCUUCACCCAGUGUAGCUGUAGUGCUGUCCAACCUCAUGUGUUUUUGUACAGUUUGCAUUUUAAUGCCAGUUUUUAUACCUCAUAAAUAUUUUUUAAGUGGU